AUGGUCUUCCCCGUCCCCAUCGCCGCCGCCGCCGCCACCGGUGCCGGCGCCCUCGCCGGAGCCGCCUACCUCAACGCGCGCUUCUCGCUCGCGCACGACCUGCUCUUCUUCCGCAUCUUCGGCGCCACGCUCUUCCGCCUGUUCCGCGCGGGGCGCGCCGGCCGCCUCAACGUCUUCUACGUGCUCGAGGCGCAGGCGCUCGACAAGACAACGGGGGCGAAACCCUUCCUCCUCUUCGAGGGCCGGGCGGUUACCUAUGCCGAGACGUAUGAGACGGUGUUGCGGUAUGGGCUUUGGUUGCGCGAGUGCCGGGGUGUGCGUGAAGGGGAUGUCGUGGCGCUGGAUUACCAGAAUUCGGACACGUUUGUCUUGUUGUGGUUUGCCCUGUGGGCGGUCGGCGCGAAGCCCGCGUUUAUCAACUACAACCUGCAGGGUGCCGCGCUGGCGCACUGUCUGCGGGCGUCGACGGCGAAGUUGGCGAUUGUGGAUCCGCGCGUGGCGGAGAGUGUGUCCGAGGACGUUCGGCGGGAGGUUGUCGGUAUGGAGUUCGUUGUGUUCACGCCCGAGUUGGAGGUGGAAGCGCAGGGGCGGGAACCGGUCCGGUACCCGGAUGCGGUGAGGGUGGAAAGGGAGCCGACCGAUAUGGCCAUGUUGAUUUACACGUCUGGGACGACGGGGAUGCCGAAACCUGCUAUCAUCUCGUGGGCUAAGGUUUACGUGGCUGCCAAUAUGUCGUCCAAGGGAACGAGUGCGAAGCCAAGCGAUGUCUUCUACACGCGCCGGCUCCUGUCUAGCAGUAGGCAGCGCGCUGCUUCUUGGGGCCACCGCGGCCAUCGGGCGUCGCUUCUCCACCAAAACGUUCUGGAAGGAAGGGCUUUAUCCAGCCUGCGGACGACCCUCGUCCGGGUAGACAAUGAGACCGAGCUUCCGUGGCGGGAUCCUAAGACGGGGUUUUGCCACCGUGCCAAAACUGGUGAAGCCGGCGAGUUCAUCGUCAGGUUGCCUGCGGACGAUAUCAAGAAAAGGUUUCAAGGGUAUUAUGGAAAUGCAGAGGCCACAAAUUCGAAGAUCAUGCGUGAUGUGUUCCGGAAAGGAGAUGCAUGGUUCCGCUCAGGCGAUGUGCUCCGAUGGGAUAGCGAUGGAAGGGUCUACUUCCACGACCGUAUUGGUGACACAUUCCGCUGGAAAAGCGAGAAUGUGUCUACUGCUGAAGUCGCCCAGAUCCUCGGCCUGCACCCGACGGUUCAAGAAGCCAACGUCUACGGCGUGCAGCUGCCGCAUCAUGACGGCCGAGCCGGAUGUGUGGCAAUCGUGUUAGACACUCCAAAAGCGAAUGCCCAGGCGCUGGCUAGCUUGGCUUCGCACGCAAUGGAGAAGUUGCCGAGAUACGCGGUACCGUUAUUUGUACGUCUAGUCAAGGAAUUGGGCGCGCAGACGACGGGGACAAACAAGCAGCAGAAGCAUGUUCUGCGCCAGCAAGGUGUUGACCCUUCCAAGGUCGAAGACGAUGUCUUAUUCUGGUUGAAGGGAGGGACAUAUGUUCCGUUUCGUCCAGCGGACUGGAAGGCUCUGGAGCAAGGGGCCGUGAAGUUGUAA